AUGGAUUCUUACGAUGAAGUUCAUAAUGUGAAAGAUGGAAGAGAAAUCUCAACUCCCGAGUUUGAUGUGAGAAGUUCAAUAAAGUUCGAUAGAAAUGUUGACGAUGUUAAGGAAGAUAUUUUUGAGAAUUCUUCAACUGAGGUUCAUGUAAAGCCAAAACUUGAACGAUUGGACUCUCAACAGCUGCAACGUUCCAAAAAAUCCUUUCGCAAAAUGAACAUCGACAGCAUUGAUGACAAUAACAAUUUAUCAGAGUCGAGUAGCAGCAAAUCCGAUGACGACGACGAUGAUGACGACGAUGGAGCGCAUCAAUACUUAAGCAGCUUUCCAAAUGAUCCGGAGAAACAACAGCAACAGCAGCCACCGAAGUUUGACUACAACUUCAAGCAAUUUGAAAACUUGGAUGCAGCAUUCCCAGCUGAUUUAAGGGAGAUUAUGCAAUACAUUCCAAAGUUUUCACCCCAAAAUGUUGAAAUCGACUACAAGCUUCAGGUUUUCAUUCCCGAAUUCUUUCCGUCCGUAGGUGAUAUUGAUGCCUUUCUUAAGAUUGUAACGCCGGAACCAUUAAAAGCAAUGGAAGCGACACAUUUGAAUGAUAUCUCUCGCUUGGGAUUAGAAGUACUUGAUGAACCUGGAGAGCAAAGUGAAGAAGCUUUACUUCAGAUCAAAUUGCGAUCGAUGUUUGCAAAACCCCUCGCAGCACCAUCAGCUCUUGUCAAAUCCCCGAAAGAUAUUGACAAAUGGAUUCAAGAAAUUCAAUCCUUACACGCGUCACGAAUUCAUGAUAAUCUAAUGCAGCAACACCAAACUCAGAUCAAUAUCGAUAAUCUGAUGACGGAAUGGCCAGACGAUGUUGAGAGACGAAUGGAGUCUUGUUAUCCAUCACCGAAUCUCAAUUGCACGUUAAGCGAUUAUGUGAAGAUUAUCUGCAAUUUAUUUGAUAUUCCAAUUGAGAAUGCUGAUAAUCAUUAUGAUUACAUUCGAGCUCUCAAUAUUUUAUUUAAUCUUUACAUCGCUAUACGAAAGGAAAAGUGA